UUCCUCAUAGUUUCUUAAACUUUUUACCCUACCUUUUAUUUUGUUUUAUUUGAUUGCUCUAAUCUGCAAAGUUUGGUAAAGUUCCCACUCUUUGACCUCUUAAAUCACUGACUUAAGAUGGAUCUACAACUCCCUAAUGUUAGCAACUUGGGAGACAAAAUUGCCAAGCUUGAACUGGAGAUCGAAAAAGAACAAAAGUACAGAAGGGCUUCUGAGGAUAUUAUAGUCCUGUACACUCCCUCGACUGACUCUAAAGUCGGUAUAUCUCCAGAUGAACUGGAGAAGUUAGAGAAUGCCAAGAAGUCGUUAAUAGAAGCCCGAAGGCGUAUAACGCGACUUUAUCAGCAAAUUGACCAACUUAAAAAAGCCUCUCGGUUUUCCGGUUUAAGUGCGGAGGAAAACGAGCUUCUUGACCAUAUUCGCGAAGUUAUUCAUCUUCUCCAAGUGGAAUCUUCCGUUUACGAGGCCACUAAGCGAAUAGCAGCUUUAAAUGGGAAGCCCAUUGAACUCCAGAAAGAACAAGAACGGCGCUUGAAUUUAUUACAACAAGCUGUGCAGAAAUAUAGAAAAAACAACAAAAAAAUUAUUGAAUACUUAGAAAAGGCUGAACCUUUUGAUUCUACAAGUUACCUUUCCAUUAGUGGCGAUCUAACAGUUAGAGUAAUCAGCGCUGCUCAUUUAGCGGCGCCCACGAUCCCCGCCUCUAAUAAAGUUGCUCCUUACUGUGCAGUUAAGCUAGACAACUCCACGGUGGCCACCACCACAUCCCUUCCCGGCUCUCUUCUGCCUAUAUGGGACGAGGAAUUCGAAUUUAACUUAAACAAAAAUCGAACUAUUGAGUUUAUGUUGUACAAUGCAAAAGGCUUGAUUUGCGGAAUCGCUUUUUUUCAUCUGGAAAAACUUUUGCAAACCAACGACUUAAAGCUGGAUCUUCGCGUUGAGCCGCAGGGUACUUUGACUUGUGAACUUUCCUGGCGCAGGAAAACGGGCGGACAUAAAGGCGAAUUUGUAAGAAGAGGGGCUUUACUAGUUAAUAAAAAGAAACUCGCUGUUCGCCACCAUCUUUUUGUGGCCCACAGGCUCCACAAGAGUACUAAGUGCGCAGUUUGCCACCGUUCUAUAGACAGAACGGGAUUCCAGUGUUCAGAAUGUCUUUUUACUUGCCACAAAAAAUGCUGUGCAGAAGAUCGGAUCUUUUUGUCUUGCCCAAAAGUGGCCGUUCCGUGUAUAACAGAAUCCGCUAAGUCUCGAAAGAAGUUUGAAAUUCCACACUUGUUUCAACCUUUUAAAAGCUGGAACCUUAAAGCCUUCUGUGGCUGGUGUGGGACUUCCAUCUUUGGAAAGAAUGCUGUUAAAUGCGAUCAUUGUCACUGGGUGUGCCAUAAGCGCUGUCAAGAGCUUGUGCCUAACGUUUGUGGAAUGUCCAUAGAUUUCGCACGUGCAGUAGCUGGCCUGAGCGUUCAGCCACACGAAACCACGCCGUCUCCCGUUCCACCUGUAAAAGUAGACCAAAUUGAGUUAGCCAAAGUGGAAGCGGCCAAAGACGACAAGUUAUAUUAUGCGGAAAAAGCCUUUGAAGAUCGGGUUUUAGGGGAAAUCACAACACCCGCUGGUGUGUUGCCUACCAAAAUAUCGCUCAGCCACUUCACUUUCAAGGCCGUGUUAGGAAGAGGAAAUUUUGGAAAGGUGAUCCUUGCAAAAGCCACAAAGUACAAACACGUUCCAGAUGCACCGCUGUUUGCUAUAAAGCUUAUCAAAAAGUGGAGUGCUCUCGAUGAGGAGGAGAGUAUCUUCACGGAGAAGCGGAUUCUGCAGCUGGUAACGGAAGUGAAGCAUCCGUUUUUGAUCCACAUGUACGCAUGCUUCCAGACGCCCGACCACCUUUGCUUCUGCAUGGAGUACGCUGCUGGGGGCGACCUCAUGAUGCACAUCCACAGAGCCAUCUUCACCAACCAACGUGGCCAGUUCUAUGCUGCAGAGGUCUUACUGGGUCUUGAGUUUCUGCACAAGCGCGGCAUUGUCUAUAGAGACCUCAAGCUGGACAACCUGCUACUCGACAAGGACGGACAUAUCAAAAUCGCCGAUUUUGGACUCUGCAAGGAAAAUAUGCGGCAUGGCGACAGAACAUCGACCUUUUGCGGAACUCCAGAAUUUAUUGCUCCCGAAGUACUAACGGCGGACGACUACACGCGCUCAGUGGACUGGUGGGCUCUCGGCGUGUUGAUAUUCGAGAUGCUUGUUGGCCAGGCACCCUUCUAUGGAGAUACGGAGGAGGAGAUCUUUGAGGCGAUUGUGAAAUGCAAGUAUGUAGUGCCCCGAUUCUUACAGCCAGCCGCGGCGUCCGUCAUCAAGCAGUUGCUCGUAAAAGAGCCCCAACUCCGCCUGGGAAGUUCUGAGCGGGACGCCCUCGAGCUUAAGGAACAUCCAUUUUUCAACGGCGUUGAUUGGACAGCCCUGGAAACUAAGCAGAUUGCGCCGCCGUAUGUUCCUACAAUUAUCAACGAUGGAUUGAGCAAUUUUGAUGAGAUGUUUACCUCUGAGGAGCCAAAGCUCUCCAUUUUAGAAGGCGGCCCACUGGAUGAAAGAGAGCAGGCGCUUUUCACAAACUUUUCGUUUACUUCCAAGUGGCUCGAUGUCUGA